CCCUAGUCCCUAGUCCCAGGCUCCCAGCUCUAGCGAGCGCGAUGGCCGCAAACGUGGCGCUGCUCUCCGCCUCCUCGCCUUCCACUUCCGCCGCCGUCGCCUCAUCGUUCCUCUCCCGCCGUCCUCUACCUCGCUGCUGCGCGGCCUCCCCCCGAAGAGCAAGCUCCCGACUCUCCAUCAUGGCGGCGUUGGGCGAUGACCCAAUCAAGGAAUGGAUUCUUACAGAAGGGAAGGCCACGCAGAUCAAAGGGACCAGGUCCAUUGGUGGUGGCUGCAUUAACGCCGCUCAGCGCUAUGAUACUGACGCUGUCCCCUUCUUUGUGAAGACCAAUAGCCGCAUUGGUCCUGAAAUGUUUGAAGGAGAAGCUCUUGGUUUGAAGGCAAUGUAUGACACAAAGUCGAUCCGUGUUCCUUUGCCAUACAAGGUUGGAUCAUUGCCCACUGGUGGUUCUUUUAUCAUCAUGGAGUUCAUAGAAUUUGGUCGUUCUAGAGGAGACCAGGUAACUAUAUACCAAAUGUUUUUAAGAUUUAAUUUGCCUGUUUAUUCUCUUUCUCUCUUUUUUUUUCUAGCUAACAGAAAAAAAAAUCAUCAGUCAGCUUUGGGAAGGAAGCUUGCUGAAAUGCAUAAGUCUGCUAAGUCUGAUAAGGGAUAUGGUUUCCAUGUUGACAAUACUAUUGGCAGCACUCCACAAAUUAACACUUGGACUGCCGACUGGAUUGAGUUUUACUCUAAGCAUAGAUUGGGCUACCAGUUGGAGUUGGCAUCGAGACGAUAUGGAGAUUCAGCCAUAUACGAAAAAGGUCAGCGAUUGAUCAAGAAUAUCCGUCCACUUUUUGAUGGCGCUGUUCUUGAGCCCUGCUUGCUUCAUGGUGAUUUGUGGAGUGGAAACAUAAGCUCUGAUACUAAAGGAGAUCCAGUGAUAUUGGAUCCUGCUUGCUACUAUGGGCACAAUGAGGCAGAGUUUGGGAUGUCCUGGUGUGCUGGAUUCGGUGGGGACUUCUAUAAUGCCUAUUUUCAGGUGAUGCCUAAACAGCCAGGAUUUGAGAAGAGGAGGGACCUCUAUCUCCUCUACCAUUACCUGAAUCACUACAAUCUUUUUGGCUCUGGAUACCGCUCAUCGGCGAUGUCCAUAAUCGAAGACUACUUAUAUCUGCUUGCUGCUUAGUUUCUGCUGUUUAUUCUCGCAUGAAAACUGAAGCAGCAAUGUACAUGCUCCAUUGUGUAUCGCAGUAUGUUGUGGAUUCGAUUUCUUGUAAAAUGUCUACCUCUUUUGUGCAUAGAUCAUACUACAUCCUUGUAUCAUGAAUCACUAAAAGAUCCUCAGUUUGUGUAAAUAUCUCCCUAUUAAUUCAUCGUGAUCUUGUUUGUGGAUA